ACUGUUUCAUUCAUCCAGCUCUGCUGCUGGAAUCCUCUCCGGCUUCGUGCUGUGAAGAACAUCCCAGAAUAUUCUGCUGUCAGCUGAUGACGGCAUGCGUGUCGCCGGAUCCACGUCCUGCUCUGCAGCCUGCAGAGGAGCCGACCAUCUGACGCGGAGGGGGGGUCUGAUAAGCCGCUCUGAGCCGUGCACGCGGGCCUGCGGCCGCCGGGACGAGCUUCAUGUCAGCGGAGCAUGGCGUGAAGCGGAGGCGCUCUACGGCACCAGCGGCACCGGCACAGCGGGCUCGGACUCCCCGGAGGAAUGUUUACCCUCACCGAGGUCGCCUCUCUGAACGAAGUACAGCCAACUUACAGAAUCCUAAAGCCAUGGUGGGACGUCUUCAUGGAUUAUCUUGGUAUUGUCAUGCUGAUGUUAGCCAUCUUUUCUGGAACCAUGCAGUUUACUAGGGACCAGGUGGUUUGUCUUCCCAUCUUGGAACAACCUCAUGAAGGGUCCGGAGGCUUCCUGGGACCAGAACCACCAGAUCCAGCUGAUGGACUAUGGAACAAAGAGAGUGCAAUUGGAGAGCAAGCAGCUCCGCUGAUGGCAAGGAGGCCACCUGAGACGCCGGCCCCAGUGAUUCACAUCGCACAAACGCCUGUUUUUGGGCAGUCGCAGCCCACAGGGGUCAGGACAAAGCUGGACUUUCAGCAGUAUGUCUUUGUCAACCAGAUGUGUUACCACGUGGCUCUUCCUUGGUACUCCAAGUACUUUCCGUACCUUGCUCUAAUCCACACUAUUGUUUUGAUGGUCAGUAGCAACUUCUGGUUCAAGUACCCGAAGACAAGUUCGAAAGUAGAACAUUUUGUUUCCAUUCUAGGAAAAUGCUUUGAAUCACCUUGGACUACAAAGGCGUUGUCUGAGACAGCUUGUGAGGACUCGGAGGAAAACAAGCAGAGGCUGGCGUGCGCCUCCUCCCUCCUGAAGCACCUGUCCACCAGCAGCGAGGAGGGCAGCCCCCAUCAGGCUGCCUCAGUGGUGAAUAAAUCCGGACCCGCCUUUUCGGCUGAGAAGCUUGUAAGUGAAGUUCCCUCCAUGACCAUACUGGACAAGAAAGAUGGCGAGCAGGCGAAGGCGCUGUUUGAGAAGGUGCGGAAGUUCCGCGCCCACGUGGAAGACAGCGACCUGAUUUACAGGCUCUACGCCAUUCAAACCGUCAUCAAAACCGUAAAGUUCAUUUUGAUCCUCUGCUACACCAUGACCUUUGUAGCAUCUAUUGACUUUGACCACGUGUGUGAACCUGAAAUAAAGCAUUUGACUGGAUAUGCUAAGUUCCAUUGUACUCAUAACAUGGCGUUUAUGCUAAAGAAGCUCCUGGUGAGCUACAUUGCUCUCAUUUGUGCGUAUGGAAUCAUCUGCAUCUAUACGCUCUUCUGGCUUUUUCGGCGGCCGCUCAAAGAAUACUCUUUUGAAAAAGUCAGGGAGGAGAGCAGCUUCAGUGACAUUCCUGACGUGAAGAAUGACUUUGCAUUCCUCCUCCACAUGGUGGAUCAGUACGACCAGCUCUACUCCAAACGUUUUGGCGUUUUCCUUUCGGAGGUCAGCGAGAACAAGCUUCGUGAGAUCAGCCUAAACCACGAGUGGACGUUCGAAAAGUUGCGGCAGCACGUAACGCGAAAUCCUCAAGAGAUGCUGGAGCUUCACCUGUUCAUGCUGUCUGGGAUACCGGACGCUGUUUUUGACCUCACUGACUUGGAGAUCCUGAAAUUAGAGUUGAUCCCAGAGGCCAGGAUAACUGCAAAAAUCUCACAGAUGAUCAACCUCCAGGAACUGCACUUGUACCACUGUCCAGCUAAAGUGGAGCAGAAUGCAUUUAUUUUUCUCUGUGAUCACCUCCAGUGCCUUUACGUCAAAUUCACAGAUGUUGCUGAGAUUCCCAGCUGGGUAUACCUGCUGAAGAACCUACGAGAGCUCUACCUGAUCGGUAACCUCAACUCAGAGAACAACAAGCUCAUUGGGCUGGAGUCUCUGCGAGACCUCAGGCACCUGAAGACUCUGCACCUCAAGAGCAACCUCACAAAGAUCCCAACGAACAUAACAGACCUGGCCCCUCAUCUGAUCAAGCUAGUUAUUCACAACGAUGGAACAAAGCUCGUGGUGCUGAACAGUCUGAAGAAAAUGGCCAACCUGGCAGAGCUGGAGCUUCAUAACUGUGAGCUGGAGCGAAUUCCACAUGCUAUCUUCAGCUUGAACAACCUCCAGGAGCUGGACCUGAAGUCCAAUAACAUCCGCACCAUCGAGGAGGUCAUCAGCUUUCAGCACCUCAAAAGACUAACCUGCCUCAAGCUUUGGUACAACAAAAUCAUCAGCAUUCCGCUGUCAAUCAGCCACGUCAAAAACCUGGAGUCUCUUUAUCUCUCGCAUAACAAACUGGAAUCCCUUCCCGCGCCUUUGUUCACCCUUCUCAAGCUGAGGUACCUGGACGUUAGCCACAAUUCCAUUGCAGUGAUCCCGCCGGAGGUGGGCUUCCUGCAGAAUCUUCAAUACUUUGCCAUCACGGGCAACAAACUGGAGGUCAUUCCCAAGCAGCUCUUCAAAUGCGCCAAGCUGCGGACGCUGUGCCUCGGCCACAACUGCAUCUCCUUUGUUCCUGAAAGGGUGGGCCACCUCUCGCAGCUGUCGCAUCUGGAGCUGAAGGGAAACUGUCUGGACCGUCUACCCGCUCAGCUGGGCCAGUGCAGCCUCCUCCGCCGAUCCUUCCUGCUGGUGGAGGACCACCUCUUCGACUCUCUCCCCGCUGAAGUCAAGGAGACCAUGAAUCAGGAAGCUAACGUUUCCUUCUCAAACGGGGGUAAAAGUGAGGGCCGGUAGCAACAGGAUACGACACCAAUGUCUUCUAACACUUUCUGAAGGUGUGUUGUUCAUAGAAUUUGUGGUUUACACCUUCCAAGUUAUUCUAACACCUAAACACUUACUAUUCGAAAGAGUUUAUACUUAUUGUGGCUUGAGGACUUUUUUUUGCUCCUUCCUUUGCACAGACAACAGUUUAGCAACAUAACAUUGUCAAAUGUAUGCUGUACUCAGAGAAUUGUUUGUUUGAAUGGCAACUAUCGACGGACAUUUAGAAUGGCACUGUCCUGCACCGGAUUGGAUGACUUUACCUCUGUGCUCAACCCUCGCGAGGGGUUCAACAUGUGCUGGAGCAGCACAAAAAAAAAAAAAAAUCCGCCAAUCACAGGUGUAUUUGGGCUCAUUUUGAAUAAUUCCUUCCAAUCAGAUCACUGUGAUGAAAAGACACAAAGUAACACAUUUUUGCACAUUUCCGGCUGUCCCUGUGCAGUGAGGGAGCAGUCAGUGUUUUGUUGAACCGCGAGAGUCCAUAGUUUUAGUUAAAUAGAGACAAUAAUAGCUAACAAAUCACUGUUUUGUGUUCAAUUUACCUUCAGAAUGACUUUACUUAUUUCAGUUGAGCUUCUUGGUUCAGUGUUUUUUAUAGAACCUCUGAAUUAUUCUUUUCUGAGUCGACCCACAGCUAAAAACAUUUUUUUACACAAAUGUUUCAUUGUCAAAUAAUUGUUGGAGCGCGGAUUGAUGUACGGAAGCCAAAAAUGGCCCACCCUCCUUUUUUAAUUUUUAUUUUUUACCGUUUUCUUGAUCAAAUUAGAUCCACUAUCUUGUUAUAACGAGAAAACGAAGCUCAAUUUCUUGAGAAAACGAGAUAACUCAUACCCCUCUCCCUUUCCCGCACUUAGAAACAGAGAAUUUAUCUGUUUUGAGUAUCUUCAUUUUGUAGUUAAAAACAAAAACAGCAGAAGAAAACACUCCACAAAACAGCAGAAGAAAAAACUCCACAAAAGUUGUUUUUAGUCUAUUUUUUUUAUUUAUUAGUAAAUCUAUGCUCCUUAAACACCUUAAUUGCGUCUCAUGCACCAGCUUUCUGUCCCUUUAUUUCCCUAAAAUCCCCAACCAAACAGGUUAAUUGACAAAACCCAGGGCCAAUGAGAAUCUCCCCAUGGUGCGUUCACUGAUUUCUGGACAUUAGCGGACCCAAACAGCCACUCAGCCCAACCCAUUCUUUUGUCAUUUUUAUACAAUCUGCAAAAAAACAAAACCGUUUUUCAGGAAAAAAAUGUUCACACUGUUAAAUCAAUAAAUUAUAUAUAGAUCAAUUAUUCUGGUGUUCAGCAUUUUCUCUAAUAAACUGUUCUGUUUUCAGUUAUCAGUGAACCCAAUAUGCAAAAAAGCUUGUUCUGUCAAUCAACCUGUUUUAGGGAAAUAAAUCAGUGUUUUUUUCUUGUUAACCACAAAAUAAAGAGACUUAAAACAGGUAAAGUCUCUGCGUCUUUGUGCGGGAAGGAGAGAGAGGUUCUUGAUUAUCUCGUUAUAUUGAGAUAACAAACUUUCAUUAUAACGAAAUAGUGGAUCUUGUUGUGUUGAGAAAACAAUCCAAAAAAAAAAAAAGUAGUGCAGGCCGUUUUUGACUUCUGUAUUGGUCAGAACAGGAGUUUUGAUCCGUUUGUCCAUGAAGUGGCUCCUGGGAAUUUUUUUUUUUUUCCUUUCUUUUUUUUUUUAGCUUACAACAUUUUUCCCAUGGAAAGGCCACUCAGUGCUGUACGGAAACACAAAUAUUCAUGAAAAUAAAAUAAAUACAAGAAAAUAACAUCCUAAGCAUAAUAAAUAAAAGAAAAUAUUGGACUAAAUUUAAAAGUGGGUAUUCGAUGAGAGUCUUAUAUUUUUAUUAAUAUUCUCUCAAUCCUUUAAUCCUGUUAAAGAACUGAAAUUAUCAGAUUAAAUUGACCUCAUCUUUUAUUUUAACACUUCAACGGUUCACUUUUAUAAAGAGAUUAAACUGAAUUCUUUCUUUCUUCAGAGAUUAGGACUUUUUCUGUUCACAUCAUUCUGCCUUAAGUCUUUAUUCCUUAUAAAUUCAUUUAUGAACAAUUUGAUUUUUUAAACUUAUCAUUCUAAUUUUUCUUAAACUCACAAUUUAAAAAAAAACAGGGUUUGAAGCAGCUGUUUAACUUGGAUGUCCUGUUUGAAAACUAUAAAUACUAAAUGCACAGAAAACUACUAGAUUAUUCAAUAGCAGAUGAUAACUUCAUAUUUAUUGACCCAUUAUUUAUUUAACUCAAAAUUUAAAAAGUUGAUCAAAAUGUUGUUUAUUUUUAUUUAUAUUUUUGGAUUUCUGUUUCAGCUGCUUUGUUUCAUCUGUGACCCUCGCCCAAUGCUGUUUAAUUGUUUUUUUUCCCUCUGUUCAGUUCUUUAGUUGACCACUUUUAUUGAUAAAUGUGUCACGUUUCUGCUGGAUUCCAGUACUUCGUUUGUCCUUGAACCACCAAACCUUGACUGACUGGCUGCUUGUUUUAGUCAUUUCUGCUCUAAUAAAGCACCUUAAAGUCACACCCCUUCUCUGAAUGAACACCAACUAUCCUGUGAGAUCUUUGUGUUGAAAUGUUGCUGCUUUUGACUUUCAGUCUUUUAUUAAAUUGUCCUCCAACUUCACUGUAA